UUUUCAGUCUCCGACCGCUGCUGGUGGCGGUAAGUCGCGUUUACUCCACUCUCGGCAAAACCGUACAACAAUUCUGUUUUUUUUUUUUACUUUACUUAUCCGUUGUCCCGCUGUAACAGUUUUCGGCGUGUGCUGCACCGGAUACAAACCGACCUGAUCGUUCAAACAAUAUCCAACAACUACCGUCCACAAGGUGCCAGCUGAUAAAUUUCCAGAAUGUCUACAUUAAAAAAAUGGGCACAGAACACACAAAUUAAACUGAACGGGACCAAGAACAGCAACAAUAACAACAACACAAACGGGGAGAGAAAAUGGAUCCAUCCACCUGACGCACUCCAGAAGGGUCAUAUAGCGUAUUUAGUGAAAUUUCUGGGCAACACGGUGGUGGACCAUCCAAAAGGUAUAGAAGUGGUGAAGGAAGGCAUCAGAAAGUUGAGGUUCACGCAACAACUAAGGAAGAGCGAAACAGGCGCGAAAACUAGGAAAGUCGAGCUGACUAUAAGCAUAGAUGGAGUCGCAAUUCAAGAGCCCCGAACGCACACCAUUUUACACCAGUUUCCGUUACACAGGAUAUCAUAUUGUGCGGACGACAAGGGCGAAAAAAAAUUCUUUUCGUUCAUCGCCAAACAGCCGAACCAAGUUGAUAAUGAAGCUGAAGAUACCCAUGAAUGCUUUGUGUUCAUUUCGGACAAACUGGCUGAGGAGAUAACGCUAACAAUCGGCCAAGCCUUCGAACUGGCCUACAAGCGCUUCCUAGAAACAUCAGGCAAAGAUUUGGAGUCUCAAAGGAGAGCCAUGCUCACCCAGCAGAAGAUUAAGCGUUUGGAACAAGAGAACAACAUCUACAAACAACGAUUAUUGGAGAUCUCGCAGUUCAGCAGUAUCAAAUAUGAACUGGAACAAUAUCUGAGGAAGCAUGACGUUAAGAAUGUGAUAGAAUUGCCGAUGUCUCAGAACCAGGUGCAAAACAAUGGAAAUGAAACUACCACUAACACCACUCAGAGUAAUGGAAACGGCGUCCAUCAGCUCUUGGACUUGAACAGCAUCACAGAAAACACCAAUGGAAGUGCGCCUCCGAUUCCUCCAAGGGCGUUUGAGAACACGCCCACCGUGGGUACUAAAUUAGAAGGUCUUCUCUUAAACGAGAUCGAGCAGGACGAUGACUUCGAUCCUCGAUCUUUCGAGACCAAUAAUCACGGUUCGGCAGUUCAAUAUUAUCCAAAUUCGAACGGCACCGCGUCCAGUCCACCAUUGAUCGCGCCGCCUCCGAAGGCUGCCAAAAGGACAAACGUAAACAUCACAAACAAUAAUAAUCAUGAGUUCGCAACGAUGGGUAGUCAGGAUUUGUUCGGAACCGGGCCUUUCGCACCUGCGCAGCCCAAUUUUACUUCUUCAUCUAAUAGUAUAACGAGUGGAAAGAUUGUGGAUCCCUUUGAAAUGGGAGAUUUUGGUAAUGCUGGUGCUACACCUCAAGACAUUGAAAAUGCCAUUGGUUUACUUGAUAAGAGGAUACUAGAAAUGAAGAAUGGUUUUAGUCGUGGAAUUAGCUUCGGCAAUGACGACUUCUCGCUGGAAAGCCUUGAUCCUUUGAAGAACUAAAUCGAAAUAAACCAAACGAUUUAUGUAAUUUUGUCAUAUUGGCAAACUUAGUUUAUACUCAACGUGAUUCUAACCUAGAUCAAUAUUUUUUACAGUUUUUUGUUUGAAAUAUAUUUUGUAAAAUCGAGUAUUAUAUUAUGUUAUAUUUAAUUCCAUCAUAUUUGUUAUAUAUCAGAUUUAUAUAUUUUUAAAUAUAAGAUUUAUUGGA